ACUAUUCUGCAAUGGCCAGGAUAAAGGGAAAUUCCCAAGUCUUGCUGGUGAAGAACAUAAGCAGAUCACUGUGUAGGUUUGCUAAUGCCCAUAAGCCAGUUGUGCAUGCUCUUUCUUCAAAGAGCACAAGCUACUUCAUCUUUACAGAUGAGUUCAUGGGUAGAUCAUGUGGUGCUCUUCCUACAGAUGUCCCAAAGGGCCAUUGUGCAGUAUAUGUUGGUAGUGAACGCUCUAGGUUUAUAAUCCCCAUUGAGUAUUUUAAUCAUUCUGUGUUCCGGGCAUUGCUUGAUAAGGCCGAGGAAGGGUAUGGAUUUGACCAUCACAUUGGACUCAUCAUUCCCUUUGAGGAAAUUGCUUUCCAGUAUCUGCCAUCCAUGAUAUUGAAGAAGGAUCCGGUACUCAGAAAUACAGGGCUGGAUAAAGUCACUGAUUUCCACUCCUCAACCUUUUGUUCUGCCGAUGUUGACUAAACAUAAUGCUACAACAAUCUACGAAGAAUUGGUUGAAGCAAAAGCAGAGGCUUAGCAAGGGAUAAGGCAAUACUGUAUAUAGUUUUUGUCGACGUCCCA